AUGGAAGCCAACGCUGUUAACCACAAUUCAAACAUUAACAAUUCUCAACCGCUAACCAAAGCCAAAGCCCCACAACCUCCAAGAACUGGCACAGCCGUUAGAAUAACCACCAAAAAGUCUAACAGCGAAUUAAGAGAAAUUCUUCAACAAAUUUGCUCUAAAUAUCUCAAAGACGCCGAAGAAAACACACAACCAGACGCUACAUACAAUACUCAGUUCUGUGAAGUUCUGAACAAAGCAAUUACUAGUUCAAUUGAAAUUACUAAGACAAUUCCAAGUCCAAUUGAGCUUAGCGAUGUCUUAGUUCAGUAUUUUCCAACAUUUACUAAGCUUAUAAUGUUGAGAACUUUAUACCAAGUUCGUCAAAAUCUUCCUCGUUACAUCCAACGGUUAUUCGACAAGAGAAUUGCCGAAUUCCAAGUCUUAGUUACGGAUAUGACGAAGAUGAAUACGUUGACGAGUUCGGAGACAACUGUACAAAAUGGUUUGAAUGUUAUAUGA